CAGCGCCGUUACUGUCCGGUGAGCGGCGCUAGUUCUCCGGUAGCUGCUCGGUUUGUUGACGGAAGUUCCCGCGGAAGAAGAAGGAGCCGUGAUGGUGCGGGUGAAGUCGAGGUAUUUACUGUGCGAGGUGAACGUGUCGGAGCGGAGCCGCCUGCUGCUGCUGGACGACCGGGCGGUGUCAGCGGCGGUGAAGGCGGCGGUGUCCCGGAUACACGGAGACUACGGAGCGGCUCUCUGCAGCAUCAGGUUCAGCGUGAAAUAUGUGAACGCUCACACUGGAACAGUAUUCCUGCGUUUCCCCAAAAGGUGUUACAGACUCCUCUGGUCUGCGUUGCCUUUCAUCACCAGUAUCGAAGCCUGUGGGCAGAAAAUCCCCUGUUUUCUCAACUGUUUGCAUGUGGGAGGAACAAUCAGAACGUGUCAGAAGUUUCUGAUACGAUACAACAAACAGCAGCUCCAUCGAAUGCUCCCUAAAUGUAAAAACAAAGAAGAGGAAGAACAGAUUCGCAGAGAGAUUCUGAACUGUUCCCUAAAAGGAGGAAACCAGGAAGGAUUUGAAGAUGGAUCAGAGAGCGAGGAAGAUGAAGAGGAGUGACGUCACCGCCUGCAGUAACAGAGGGCAGCAGUCUGUAGACGUCUGAGAGAAAGGAGAAACUGACAGCUGUGGAAAUAUUGUUAACGUCAGCUGAUCCAUCCUCCACGGAGACAGAGGGACACAUUAUGGGAUGUUUGUCACACUCUGGGCUGGUGGUCAGUAAGGUCACAUGUUUGAUCCUCAGAAGAUAAUUACUGAAUAUUGAAGUAAUAUCUCUGAGUUGACCCUUUUUGCUCUGUGGUCCAAUCACAGUUGAGAAAGCCUCAUUCAACUUCCUUCUUUCCUGUACUUAAAUAUGCUACUAGUAGGCUAAUCUAUGUUAAAAAGACAGUUAAAAGAUAAAAGUGACACAUGAAGUCGCAUCUUUAAUUAACUAAUGUUGCUAAUGUGUUCAUCACUUAAAUGCCGCAGUUGUUACUCGACUGUUACUGGAGCACAGAGAAGGUUCAGUUAUGAGGAAACAGAGUUUUUAUGUUUUAUGGAAUUUAUUUUGUAUUUAUAUUAUCUUUUGUGCUAAUUAGUAGUUUGUUUACAAAUUAAAGCACUAUUUUUCAAGAUAAUCGAUGUGUCAU